UUAUCGAAGCGAGUGACUCAAAUAGUGGCACACGACUGUCGUUCGACUUUAUCUAUAAGGCAGACAACAGUUGCAGUGAUUUUUGACGUGCAUGAUAAGAACUUAGAAACAAUGGCAGCGACAACUUUAGGAUUUAUUCCAUUGCAGCUGAUUCCGACGAACGCCAUCGGACAGUUUGGUCAGUUUGAUAAGGGUUUUACCGCUAAUGGAACAUAUGUAGUGGUCAAGACUCCAACAGUGGCGCAGCAGCUGCAACUUACAAAAUCUCUCAAAGAGAUGCAGACAGGACGGAAAGAGAUAAACAACAAUGAAAAUGCCAAUAGUAAACCGGUUCUUCUGCGAUGCAAGCGAAGGGUUGAUUUUACGGGACUCGGCUGCAAAUUGGUGAACCCUCAGAAUCCUUCCGUCUCCAGACGAAAUGAGCGGGAACGGAAACGCGUGAAAAUGGUCAACAUGGGGUUCGAGACUCUAAGACAGCACGUUCCCACAGGACGAAAAAACAAGAAGAUGAGCAAAGUAGAAACCUUGCGUUCCGCGGUGCAGUACAUUAAGCAAUUGUCGGACCUUUUGCAAGAGACGGACGGCGGCGUCGGCGACCUUCUUCCAGAAGAUGUCGAUAUGGACGAACUCGAGAAUAAAGUUACAGAAAUGAUCCAGAAGUCUAACGACACAAACAAUAAUAUGAACAGCAUGAACAUCGAAAAUGACAUUAACAACAUCAACAGUGCUAUUAAUAUUAACAACAAUGAACAAAUAAGCAUUAACAGCGGUUGUGCUACGACACAUGAGUUGGUUGGCGGUUGUGAUUCUCUGGACUCCAGACUGCAUCCGGGCAACCAGGCAAUGUCUGUCUCCUCACAGGGCUCAUCUCCAAUGACGCCGCACUCACCGGAAGGGCAACAUUUCUUCCCCUCGGGCUAUUCCAUGGGUCAACCAACGUACCCCCAGUCUCAAUACGACAUCAUGACGUCAUCGGCGCCAAUAAUGACGUACUCUCAAGCGUCGCCGUCAGGAUCGCUGCAUUCACCGACAUCAAGUGUUGUAUCAGACUCCAGUUACGAUUCCGUUGGUCACAACGACGAUGAUGAUAUCUUAUCAUUUAACUGGUUCAACUGAGUCUCGACAAAAUAUUCAUAUCUGAGACCUUGCAGCACAUUAUAAGGAUCGCGUUUUUGAGGUAGCCAUGACGAAAUAUGUAUAGAAAUGGCGCACGCCGAAAACGCAGAGGGGUUCCGAAUCUCCACCACGCAGCAGUCAACAUUUUUGACUAGUUCUUUCGUUGCCAUGGAAACAGACGAAAACAAAAACUUUUGAAAAUGAGUAUACUGGAGCAAAGACAUUCAAAGAAUGAUUAUUUUUAAUCCGUUAAAGGAGUUGAUUUUAAAUAUUUAUUUAUUUGUAAAUAUUACAUAAUUAUUUUUAAUAUUGCUGUUAAAUAUGAUGUUUCUGUUUUCAUCUGUUUGAAAAUAACUUACGCUUAGACGAACGUUAAAUUCAAAUAAAUUAUUUCCAGAUUUGUUUUGAAAAUCUAUGCAUAUAUGAAUAUCAAUGUUACAAAAAUCACAUUCCAAGAAGGGGACCGUGCCUUAUUUAGCCCAUGUUCAUCAUGGAACCACUGUUGUGUUCAAAUAUAAUUAUUAUGCCAGUUUUUUUUACAAGUAUUGCCCAUGCAUGUGUUCAAUUAAAUUCAAUCAUACCAAAUAUAUUGCUACUAAAUAUUCAGAUACAAUCAUUUGCGUAAUUAUUAUUAUCAUUAUUAAUUUAAUGGAUUUCCCCCCCCAUAACUUUGAUAUUAAUAGUUGAAUAGUUUAAUAUGUGUUCAUAUCAGAUUUUACUGAUACUUCAAGGCAGCAGUUUAAUUAAUUCUAAUAUGGUUCAUGACGAUAUAGAAUGUUUGUAUUAUAUUGUUGGUGUUGUUAGGGAAAUAUGGGUACAUUUUAUGCAAGAAAUUGUUAAUAUCAGUGCUUCCACUCCAUGUUAUAAUUGUAUAUAGAUCGAUUUAUGCAUAUUUACAAAAUUUAUCAAUGUUUGUAUUAACUUACAAAUCUCACAUAGUGUUAAUUUUUACUGUGUCUUUAAUGAUUUAUUUUACUUUAAUAUGCCGUGUCUCCGCGAGAUACAAUAAAAUA